UUUUACAAACCAAAAAUUUAAGAACAAGGUUUUAUUAAUUUCAUUUUCCCAUUUAAACACGUUCCCUUUAACAGAGAGCGCAAGUCUUCGUUCUAAAUCUUCUAUCUGUUCCUACUCGCUUCGUCUUCUUUCUAAAAAUGGCUAUUAAACCAUCCUUGUCACUCGGUAGAAGAAUAUGUCAUCGUCUCGUUCAAAAUCCGCGCCCCAAUACUUCUUCAACCUUCUUUAAUGAAAUAUGUACAAUUUCACCUUCUGAUUCAUCGAGUACAUGGUUCAGCUUCAGCUCCUUUCAGUUUCAGAGGUUGUUCUCCCAAAUAAUAGGGUCAGGUCCAACUGCUUUACCAGAUGAUGUAAAUGAGAUAUGCCGGGUGUUGAGUGAUUUCCGUUGCAUUCACCAUGACCUUGAAUCUGCACUUGAACGUUUCUCAGGCAAGAUUUCUACUAAUUUGGUUGAACAGGUGUUGAAAAGGUGUAAAAAUCUAGGGAUUUCUGCUCACAGGUUCUUUCUCUGGGCCCGAAAGUUGCCGGGUUUCAGUCAUAGCAGGGAAAGCUACCAUAUUAUAGUAGAUAUCCUUGGUUGCAGCAAGCAAUUUCCUCUGAUAUGGGAUUUUCUUUCUGAGAUGAAAGAUAGUGGGGAUUAUGAAAUCAGGCCGGAAAUUUUCUGGGUUAUCUUUCGGGCUUAUUGCAAAGCUGAUUUACCCUUGGAUGCCAUUAGAGCUUACAAGAAAAUGGAUGGUUUUGGUCCUAAACCGAGCAUUUCUGAUUUGGAUCAGCUUCUUUAUAUGCUUUGUAAAAAGAAGCACGUUAAGCAUGCCCGGGAUUUCUUUGAUAGGGUUAAAUUUGAAAUCCCACCCAGUCCAAAAUCUUAUAGCAUCCUUAUGAAGGGGUGGGCUGACAUUGGUGAUUCAGUGGAAGCACAAAACCUGUUUGAUGAAAUGCUUAAAAGAGGAUGUUCUAUAGAUGUAGUUGCUUACAACACCCUCUUAGAGUCUUUAUGUCGAGCAGGGAAAACAGAUGAAGCCUAUAAGCUAUUUCGUGAGAUGGGCUCUCACAACCUCAAGGCUGAUGCAUGUACCUACUCCAUCUUCAUUCGUGCUGCUUGUGAAGCAAAUGAUAUCCAUUCAGCUUUGAGAAUCCUUGAUAGAAUGAAAAGGUAUAGCUUGGUGCCAAAUGUAUACACUUACAACAGCAUUAUCAGACUAUUCUGUAAAAAUGGAAAGGUGGACGAUGCUUACCUCUUACUAGAUGAAAUGGUUGACAGAGGCGUUAGUCCAGACGCGUGGAGUUACAAUGCAAUCCAAUCUGUCCAUUGUGAUAAUUCUGAAGUCAAUAAGGCUCUUAGGCUUAUCCAGAGAAUGGAGAAGGAUUUUUGCAUGCCAGAUCGGCAUACUUACAAUAUGGUACUUAAGAUGUUGAUAAGGGUAGGAAGAGUUGACCGGGCAAUAGAUAUUUGGGAAGGUAUGGGAGAAAAGGGCUUCUAUCCUUCUGUUUCAACAUAUUCUGUUAUGAUUCAUGGUCUUUGUAAGAAGAAGGGUGGUCUUGAGGAGGCAUGCAAAUAUUUUGAGAUGAUGAUUGAUGAAGGAAUACCACCAUAUUCUUCCACCUGUGAAUUGUUGAGGGAUCGUCUAUCACAGCUGGGGUUUUGGGAGAAGACACAUAUACUAGCAGAUAAGAUGCAACAAAGCACAUCAUGUUCAAUUAAAGAACUAUCGAACACAAUGAGAGGUGGUAAAGCCCAAGUGCGAUAGAGAAGCAAGAAAGAAAACUCGGAAGAAAUAGAAUGCUCUGAGCUAUGAAGAUUGUAGAUGGAUUUACAGUCUUUUGUCUGUGUUCUGAGUAAAUUUUAUUCUAAGAGCUCAACAUAAGUUAGGCGCAUUGUAUAUCUGUACUGUGUUCCUUAUAAAACAAAGUUAUACUGAUAGAGGCUAGGACUUCUCCCUUAAAAUCAUUCAAGGCUUCUAUAGCAAAUUAUAUAUUA